AGUGAAUUUCCGCCCUCUUGCUCAAAGUUUCCCGGUUAUGUACCGUCCAUAGUCCAGUAGCGUGCAAGGAAGAAAGUGAAUGAAAGAGCGCUUAAAUCAUAUUUGGACGUGAAGUGUACGCGGGUCAUAAUGUCUCAGGAGGAAUUUGAUAGAGCGGCCAAGGAAGUGAAGAACCUGAAGGCUCAGCCAACAGAUCAAGAAAUGCUAGAUGUUUAUGGGUUGUAUAAACAAGCCACAGUCGGAGAUGUGAACACAGCCCGUCCUGGUAUGCUAGACUUCAAAGGAAAGGCAAAAUGGGAUGCCUGGAAAGCCUUGGAAGGGAAAAGCAAAGAAGAGGCAAUGAAGGCUUAUAUUGAAAAAGUGGAAGAACUAAAGCAGAAAUAUGGAAUGCAAGAGUAAUUAACUGAAUGGAGCGUAUAAAGAACCAGCUUCAGAAUGGAUAGGGGUGGACUUUUUUUAAAAUCACUGGAUUUAUCCCACUAAUUAAAAUGCAUGUUUAGAUUGUGUAAUAUUUCUUCUACUGUAGUUGCAGUAAGACCCUUGAUGGUACAUCUGAUGUAUUUUGUUAAAAAGAAAACUUGUGGCUUGUUUUGUCAAGCUGAAUAAAAUUUUUUAGGGUUCUCUGUA